UGAUUAAGCUUAUAAAUACGAAUUUUGUUAAUGAGUGGAACAGCUCAUUUGAUAAAGUAGUAAUCUAGUAUGUAUGUAAUAGAAAAAUUUAGGUUCGAGUCCCAAAUUUUUUCUUCGUAUAAAAUCCAUAUAUGAUUUUGAUCUUUUUGCUUCUGUUUCAUGUUUGGUCAGCUGAAUUAUCAUUAACCUUGCUGUUUUCCUCGCUUCUUCAUUACGUUUGCAUCUCUUCAGAUAUCUUACUUUUUUUGAAAUACUUCAUUUACAGAAAGCAUGGAAUAUACAAAAAGUAGUAAACUUAUGUUGAAAUUAUUUUAUUAUCCAAGGCUGCGCGUAUUAACAGUCACUAGUAAAUAGCUAUUGUUCAAUAUGAUAGAAUAAUAACAUCAAUUCAGACACACAGUUUGAAGAAUUGCAUUUCCAUACAAGAUAUGUAAUUAAAACAUAUAUGCUACUGUUAAGUUCUCUGGAAAAGUUAAAGAAAUGUCUUCUAAUGUAAAAUUCUCCCACGGCUACAUAUGUAAGAAAUGACGCCUUGUUCCACUAUUUCGGGUAGCGUAUUCGGUGUAGGAGUAUUUUACAUGUGUGCACAGGCAAAAAUAAUUGUACGAUAUCCGAAACGUUUAAGUAUAUAUGAAUGCGCAACAUGAUCGUAUGGUGAUUCAUAAUAUAUGCGUAUCACAAUUUCAUUUGAUUUAAGAUCAUUAAAAAUUUCUUCUUAUUUUUUUAAAACAAACCCAAAUAGUAAGAAAUAAUGUUCCUAGAUUUUAAAGAAACAUUGCAACUAGUACGGAUAUGAAUUCGAAUAUGAAAAAAUGCCGAAUAAAGUACAGAAAAAGAAUUUUGUUAAAUUAGAAUAGAUUUGUUGGAUUUAUUUGGUCAUGAAAAAAUUGCAAAUGGAAACCAAGCCAAGUGAAUUCAGUCUCUUUGGCAAAAAGAUCGUGGGAUUAAGUUUCAUCAGUUCAUGCGAAAAUUUUCGUCGAGUCGCGAAGUUUGCCUCUUGAAUUUCUUCCCUCGCUUCUUCUGCGAUUUGCUAAAAUUAUCCAGUACCUUCGACACUGGCGAACGAAGUACCAUGAAAGAUUUUUCCUCAGACGUGUAAAACCGCAACUAACACUUGAUAUUAAGACUUUGUAUACAUAUGCACAACCUUCGACAGGUUUAACUAUCUAAUACCAUAUCAAUCGCAUUUACUCAAUUUAAUAAUAUUUAAGUUGCAUCUUGAAAUAAAAUUAGCUAAAGCUUCGCAAAAAUGCGAAAAACAAAUUACUUAGCAAUGUCAAGUUUUUGUAUUGCUGAAACAUUUUAGUAGGUUACUCUUCGUGGUAUUAACCUAGCAAGAGAUAAGCAGUAAAAUAAUGCGACUUUAAUACAUGAGAGAAGAAAGAAACAUAAAAAUUAAGCAAGAAACAAUAAUAUUUUUGUAACUUAGACCGAUAUGUCGAGGGUAUUUUCUUGCAUACAGGUUUUCCUUGUCUACCAAAGAGGUUGUAUAAAAAUAUUUCUUAAGUUGAAAAUUUUUUUCAUCUAUAGUUUUUAGAACAGGUGUCAGUUUGACGUAAUUUAUGAUAAUUCUAUAAAUAAUUCAAUUUCACUAAACUUCAUACAAUCAUAAAAGCUAAGUAAAUUAGCAAAACUCAACACUCAAUGAAGAAAAGUGGAAUUCAAUAAUGUAAAUUGACUAAAAAGGAUUAUAAAUGAAAUAUUAUGUUAUUCCUAACAUAAUAGUUAAAUUAGCUGAGAAUUACAAAAAUAUAUAUGCUAUGAAAAUUUAUCUAUAGAAUAUGAAUUGAAAUAUCAACACAAAGAUUUUAUUAGCAUAUCCGAGUGAAUUAAAGUAGAAUUUUAAGCAAUGAUUCUAUGGAAGAAUGUAGAAAGAAUCUUUUACUCAAAUGUGAAUGUUUCCGAUAAGCGACAAAAGAAAUCUAGCGUAUCGUAUCGUAGCCUUAAUUCAGGCGUGUUGUAUCCGAUUUCCUUUUGCCCACCCUUUACGCUGGAUUGGUAAUGCUCAUGCGCCGCAUGAGCAAUCGUAUUCCAUAGUCCAUAGGCGCAGUUGAAAUGAAUUCCUAAGUCCUAUGAGUGACGGGCGGAUUGUCGCCAUAUGGUCGUGAGCAUGAGUGUUUUCGGAUAACAUUUAUCAAAUGUAAAUAUUUUCUGUAGAACAAAAAACCUAAGCGACCGUGGCGAUGCGAUGGAAAAGAAUUAUUCGAGUCUGUCUAUGAAGAUGAAUUGAAGAUUCUUGAAAACGUGUAUGGCUAUUCAUUGAGUUGUUAACUAUAGUCGUUAACUAUGAAUGACAGUGAACUAUGAACUAUCUUACUAUAUCUAGUUUGCGAUGUUUAUAACUUUGUCUAUUAUUGUGUCGCCCACAUAUGUAUCUGAUACUAAAUAUAGAAGUAAAUCUAACAUGUACAUACAUAUAAUAAAGUUAAGUCACGUAGGAUAUUUAUACUUUUACUUAAUGUUUUUAAUUACUUUCAUCACAUUGCAUGGUGUGGUAUGAAAUAUUAUGUUAACAAUCAAUUUAUGUACGAAAUUCAUGCUUUUUAAUCAUAUUUAACAAAUAAUAAGCAUCUCUAUAGAAUAUUAUCCAAUUAUUAAUUUUGAUGUUUCGGUAAUUCCUAAACAAGUUAUUUGUUAUGUGCCUAAUACCUAGUAAUAAACAUUUACAUUUGAAUUUCGAAAUGAUUCGAACAUUUCUACUAUGUACUGUGAACAUGAUUCGAUGUUUAAAGUUCUUGAAAGCCUUGAUGGGUUUCAUAAUCUUCAAAAAAGUCUAUCUUAUAUUUUAUAUGUUAUGUAUCUUAUAUAAAAUAUUGAAGAUCGAAUAUACUAUGAAAGAUCAUAUAUGAGAUAUUAAAUGCCUCCAAGAUUUAAGAAAUUCAAUAUCUAUAUAUCAAGAUUUAAGAUUCAAUCGUCAAGUUUUUCAAAAAUAUCGAAUUAUGUUCGAAGAGAUUCUAAUUUUUUGUCAUACGUGGAUAUUCAAAGCGAUUCAAAUCAUUUCGAAGCACAUCGCUAUCUACGCCGUGCAUGUUUCUCUCACAGCAUCAUCGAUUUCCCAAACUAAAAUUAAUACAUUGCGGUCGAUUAAUUAAUUAUUUAUUACGAGACAACUAACCUUAAAGCACGCCCUCUUAACUGUCUCGAUGACGCGCAGCCUUGAUCAUCUCCGAUACGGGACACGAGCGCAUUUACUCAAAUGCGUCCGCCAUAACCUUAGCCUGACGUCAUUGGCUGACACUUCUUUAUCUAUCGUGAACAUUCCACGGUGCACGAAGAGAAACUCCUGACAUGUUUAUCAGUGCAUCGUUGAUAACUUUAUCAAUAAUGUCGGAGUAAGUGAUCUACCGUGGUGCUCCAGAAAUGUAAUUCGUUACCAUUACCGUGAUACUACGACUAUGUGAGCGUUACAUUAACAAAGAAUGGUUAUCAUGUACCAUUAUCUUUCUUGUAAUAAUGUAAUAACACCGAAGCCACGUUCAGUUUCAUACGCUCAAUCCUUAUUUUCCUACAUGAUUUGUGUGACACGCGGAAUACAACGUUAUAAAGGUUUGACAGACUUGGGAGCCUGUCAUGAGCUGUAAUCAGAGUAUAAACAAUGUGCAGGCAAAGGGGCUGCAAUGAUGGAAGAUCCACAAACACCAGGAUCUGAUUGUAACUCCAAUCCUGCAACAGAUUCUAUUCAACAUGAUUUAAUUAGCUCUGAAUUUGUGCAGGACAAUGUGGAGUAUCAAUGGUUCAUUGAUUAUGGCUACAGAGAUGGAGGGCUUCAUGUUCAUCCAAGCGUAUUGUCCUCACUCUCUGCUUCAUAUUCUCGAGAAGAUCUGGGCUAUUAUGAUGACCUUGCCCGUAAUCUGGAUGCUAAUUUGGCAGAAAUUGAUAUGGAAAGCUUUCGUACAGCAGAUAUCCAUACUCUGCUUACAGCAUUGCCUGUCAUGUGCACAGAUCCAGUUCAGCAUUCAGAGUUUAACUAUCAAAGGGAACGAUAUGCCAGUAUAUCUGGAUCUGUUAUGGAAAAACUUGACAUCGGUUCAUCAAUCAGCCCUCAUACCAGCAGCCAGGGAGAAGAUUCCGCCUGUUCAACAACAGAUACAAUUUCCAUAUGCAAAUCAUCAUUACUCUUCUCUCCUCUGAAAGAGACACCCAUACUACCACCAGGGGGUAGCUAUAGCGUCGACUCUCUGGACUGUGAGGAUAUGCUACUAACAUGCCAGACAAAUAAUAAAGAGAACUAUACUAUUGCUUUUGAGGGUAGUAUUACAAUGUAUUCAGAUGGUUCGCAAGAUUUUGAUAAUCAAGAAAAACAGCAAAAAGCUUAUGAAACUGUAGAACCAUAUUAUAAUAGAAAUGCGGAUUUGAAAAAUGUAUUAGACUUAUCAAUGGCAUGUUCUGAUUCUAAAAUAUAUACAACAUGGAGCAAUUUGAAACAUUCUUCUAUGAAUAAAAUUAUAACCCGUCAUCCGUCAGGCAAUAAUAAUACAAUACCGGAAUUUUCACAUGGUGUGGAAAAUAUCAUAUCUGUAACAAACAAGAGAAGUCAAAGUUUGCCAGAUCUUACUCAGGCUACACAAUUCCAUCUCAAUAUGCCUCUCAAUUUUUCUGUUGAUUCUGCAGAAUCAAAUAAUCACGUACAACAAUUACAUAGUUCAGGAUCUGUAAUGAGUCGGUCUAUAAACGAAGAAAGUUCUGAUAAUGGGGAACAUAAUUCAACAGGAAAGAAAUUGCAAAAUUUAAGUCUUGUAAAAUUAUUUAUGAAACAAAAAAGUAUGAGUGCUGAAGGAAUGAGUCUUACAUUGGAUCAAUCUGACUCUGCUAGUGAUAAUGGAUGGCCUACAAACAAUAGUGCUAGUGAUAGUGGUACUAAUACAAAUACGCAAAUACAACGGCAAAAUAUAAAUAAUAUCCCUAAACGUCAAGUUCCAGAAAGUGAUUUUUCUAUUAAUUGGGUUAAAAGUGAUCAACAUAACAAUCAAGAAACAGAAAAUCAGAAAGACAGUUUUAACGACAUUCCAAAAUAUACAUCAACGAUAAGUGAACAAAAGGAUGAAAUGAUAUCAUCCGCAUCUAUAGAAGAGCUAUCAGAGAACAUGUCUAAAUCAGAUCUAACACACGAUAAUAAUGCCGACCAAAAUGACAUUAAUGUUAUUCCUAACGUUUUCGAACAUCAGCGAAAAACUGCAUGGGUCAAAUCAUUAGAAAAGAAAUAUCCAAUUUGCAAAACGACAGGUAUUCAAGCAAUAGCUGAGACAGAGGAUAAUUCAGUUCAAACAUCACUAGUAUAUAUACCACCUGUAAAAGAAAAAGAAAAUCCAUCUUUACGAGAAACGAUUGUUAAUAAAAAACCAGUUUAUGUUGUAUAUCCGAAUUACGCUUUACCGGACUUAUCGUUUCUCAACAUUAAAGAUACAAAGCUAGAUUGUGUAACUUUAAAGCCGCAAUGUUUUGGAAAAAAUAGAGUUAGCUGGAAACAUACUGGUAGAUCUGGUAGACCAUUCUCAUGUAAUGAUAUAGACACGUUACGUCAACGUGGAUUUUCACAUGUUAAAGACUGGGAGUCGUUAACAUUCCUUUUGCCUACUGAGUACAAGAAAAUUUUGCACGAUGUACCAGAAGUUUCGAGGCAUAUCAAUAUUCACGAAGAAACGAAGAAGCCUCUAUUUUGUUUAUCCCCUCCAAUGCGUCAUAAAACUCGUACUAUAAGCGAAAUCAUACCAAAUAAUUCAUCCUCUACUAGUAGUACCGCGACACAACCAUCCUCCGGAUAUCGAGGAUCUUCUACAAUAUUAACUGAUUCUUCAACAAAUCAACAAACGUUAAAUAAUGCAACCAAUCCAUUGUAUCUUUACCGUUAUGAUAGUAUUAGUUCUGAGGCCAGUUUAGUAAGUAAUGAUAAAAAGAUUCAUAGGCAAAUUAGUAAGACAAAAACAGCCUGUCCAUCUUUUCCAAAACGAUCGAUUUCUUUACCACAUGGAGAUCGUGAAUCCGAAUUUUCUAGCGGUAAAGUGCCACCAAGACCACCUUUACCCAGAAGUAUUUUAAGAAAAAGUAAGGUUCCUGCAAGUAAGAGAUAUAGCAUGUUCGAAAUGGGAGAUGUAGAAGAAAUAGAGGAUCAAUCACCUGAAACAAAUAAAAGAAUGUCUUUACAAGAACCAUAUUAUAUGAAUAAUGAUUUACAAUUAGCAUGUCGUGGUCGAGUCGCUGAUCCAGAAAAAGAUGUCGAUGAGACGGAAGAAAGAUAUCACACAGAAAGAGUAAAUGAAAUAGCUAAUACCGGAGACUUAGAGACUGAAAAUUCUGAAAAUAGCGAAGACGACGUAAAACAACUGGAAGAAUUUCUGAAGCGCAGCGGUUUCUCGUCACAAAGUAGUGAUGGAGAUACUGAAGAUCCCGAUGUUAAAUUAAGAUCGUAUGUAAGAAAGUUUUUAGCUCUCAGGAUGAAUAAAGAUGUUACCAAAGCUACUGAUAUGAUAGAAUCACAGAAAAAGACUGUCAGUUUUGCCGUAAACCAAAGGAAAAAGUAUUUAGACAAUAAGGGUAACUUAAACGUUACUACAAAUGAACAAAGUAAAGAUAUUGUAUUCACAGAUGAAAGAAGAGCAAUGAGUCCAGAUAAUAAAUUGGAUUUAGAUGAAAAGAGAAAAAUGAUAUUAUCCGUAAAUAAAGCGGUAGAUUUGUUACUGAAAUAUUGGAACACUGAAUCAAUCCAUAGUAGACAAAAUUACAAUGAUAAAAAUGAAUGUGCUCAAAUCUGUGUUAGCAACUUAUGUCCAGCUUUGUAUGCCAUCAUGUCAGAUGGGUUGAAAUCACAUUUAAAUUCAACAUUUGGACCAAUAACAAAUAGUGUUUGGCAAGUGGUUGAAGCAUCUUCUCAACAAGGUCCAGUUACUAAAACAUUGAAUGAAUUAGUGCAAAAAAUUAAUGGUGAAGAUGUUAUUACUGAGGGAAUGCUAAAGUUUCAUGCAUUUGUAUUUGGUUUAUUAAAUUUAAGAGCUUUGGACGCAUGGUUUGCAUAUUUAUGUACAAGGGAAUCCAUCUUAAGGAAACAUUAUAAUAAUAACAGCUUAUUUGUAGCAGCUUUGGCCAAUGCAAGUGCACGAGAAGUUGUGGAUGCUCUCUUACAUAUUUUAAAUCCUCUUGCGUUUUGCCCAUUUCAGCUUGACCUUUUAUAUCAAUAUCGUCAACUUCAUAAUAGUUUCGGCAGUUUAAAUAAUCAUACAAUAAACGCUGUAAACUUUAGAAAUGUCGACCUUGCUGCAAACGAACAUCAUUUUGAUAAAACGGAUACAUGUGCAAUAGUUUCUAGUCCCAGAAAAGUACGCCCACGAUCGUGCGUUGCUUAUACAAACUACGAUGACAAGCCUGGUGGUAUAAAUAAGUCAGAUAUGGAAACUGUUAAAAAACGCUUAAGUAAUCCUAUAGGUUCGAAAAUAUUUCGUGCUCUCGAUAAACUGGCUUCCGAAGAUUCCGAAGAUUAUACUGAUAGUUUAGAACAUUCACCAUUGAAUAGAGCAUCGAAUAGACAACCUAUAUCGAGAAAAUCUCAUAGUCCAGAAAAUAAAAUAGAUGAUGAAGACAAUAUAUCCGGAGAAGAGAAAUUUAGGAAACUCCAAGAAAAAUGGGAAUUAAUGGUUGGAAAAGAAGAUGCAAAGAUUCAACCACCGAUAUCAUCACCAUUGUCACCCACAAGAACGCCUACCAGUGUAGGAAAAUCUAAAAUACCUAGGCUUCUUACUUCUCCGGUAAAACAAUCAAAUACAACAACAGGACCUGUUAAAAGCACAAAAUCUCCCAUUUCGGGAAUUCCAUCGUUGAAAAAACCGGUCAUGUUAUCAACGACGAAAACUACUCCAAAAAAGCCAGUAGAAGUAAGGAACAAAGAUGCAACAAAGCGUACUAGUAGAGUGGAUCAGGAAAUUGUAGGAGCAACAAGAACUCAUUUAACACGACCUAGUUCGCUACCGUACAAGUCUUACGGGGUAAUGUCUAAGGAUAAACAUUUAGUAUCUCCUCAAAGACGAGCAGCGUCUACGUCUUUACCACGGCCAACUACUACUAGUACCACAAGAAACCAUCCUACAAAAAAGCCACUUAAAGAGGUUCGCACACUCACGCAUAGAAUGCCAUCAGAUAAUGGGCAUCUUGCAUUUGCGGAAGGAGAGAAACUGAAAGUAAUUCUAGAGGUAGAUAGUAAGUGGUUGUUAUGUGCCAGAGGUGAUCGAAAAGGUCUGGUUCCGCGGAUGUGUGUGUAUAACAUUCAGACUUAGCCCCAAUAAAUAUCAGUAAACAGAGAAAUAAUUUAAGUGGAACAAAGAUAUAAGACUUUAAUGUUAUGAAGAUAUUCGAUGAAAUGAAGAAGAAAUGUGUACAGUGUAUUAAAGGAGAGGCAUAGAAUUGUUUUUAAAUUAUGAUAUAGUAAUUGUUAUUACUCAUAAUUGUUUGAAGCUUCAUUUAUAUCGGAUUGCGAUAGUAUUAUCUCAGUCAUACUGUCAUUGAUGAGAAAAUAGGUAUCACUAGUCAUAGGCUUUCAAACCAGAUUAUAUUUAAUUAAUUGAACAUACACCUAUUUAUAACCAGAAUGUACAUAUAUACAGUAAAAUAUGAUAAUAAUGAUGAUAAAGACGAUAAUGACAUGUAAUAACUUACAAUAAUUAUGAAUGUAACUGUGAUCAUAGUGUAUAGGUAAGUUUAUUAAUGCGACUGUGCGAUAACGUUGAAUUUUAUUUUUAAUCUUCUAACUUAUAUUUUAGUCUUAUCUAUUCCGUACAUCGCACGAUUAACAGAUAUCUCGUUUAGUUUUAUCUGGUGUAUAAAUUAUUACAUCGCGUGCUUGUGGUUCGCAACAAUCACAUUUUUUUACUUGCUUCAUGUAUUCUUUAGUAUGCUGAAGCAUACAAUAUAAUCAAAUAAAAUCUAAAAUUGUAAUUGUA